UUUUGUUUUCCAACGAAUUCAACCUGUCGCUAGUGAAAUUACAAUCAUCUAUAGAAACUUUAUUUUAUAUUGACUAUCAAAGUACUGUUUACAGAAAGUUUGACUUGACAACUUGAAUAUUAGUGUACUUAAACGAAGAAAGAAGUAUAAAAUAUUUAUUGCGUUCUUACGGCAGUUUGAGUGAUAAAUAUUGUUUCGUUUUUGUUUAACCGCUUCGUCUACUAACUAAAAAUUGAAUUUCCCUUACUGAUUGCCAAGCUUUCGUUUUGGCGCCUUGCUGACGAUUUUCUUAAUUCUCCUGACUUGUCUGCUUGAUAACGUGUAGACGUUGUAAGGAGAAAUUAGAUGUCUGUCGCUCUUGGGAAUUUGAUGCCCUAGAAAACUAUUAUUCUCGCACUGAGCUCCUUUUCUUGGAGGUUAGUCGCUGUUUUCACUUGGUUUGAGCGUGUGUAGUUUAUUGAUAUUUAAAUAAUCACUCGUGCCAAGUAAGUGAAGGCGGAAUCACAAUGCAAAUGGCUCGAACGCUGUUGAUUAUUGUUCCAUCCCGUGAUCGCCUUUAGUAGAAGAAAAGACGAGUAUUUUAAUCCACGCGUUCAUAUAACUCACUUUAUUCCUAUUUGUUUAACAAGGGGAGCUCUUUUCCGAUUGUUCAGUAUAUCUUUCAAGACGUUGUUUUCAGCCAAUCGUCGUUGUGAGUCGAACUACCAUGACUGCUUGACUGACAGGUCCAAGUUUUGCUUGGUUGCUUAGUAACAGUUGGCAAGAUAUUUUUCUCGACUGCAAACACCAUUAACGCUAACAUCAUUAAUGUUAACGCCGUUAGCGCUAUCUCCGUUUGAUUACUUUUUUUCAAACGUCACUGAUAUCGCAAUCAUAUGGACUGAUAGUUCAAGCACAGUGAAUUAUUUCCACUGUUAGUCAUCAGUCAUCAUGAAUAAGCAUUUUGUUUUCCAACGAAUUCAACCUGUCGCUAGUGAAAUUACAAUCAUGUAUAGAAACUUUUUUUUAUAUUGAUUAUCACAUUACUGUUUACAAAAAGUUUGAAUUGACUGACAACUUGAAUAUCAGUGUACUUAAAUGAAGAAAGAAAUAUAAAAAAUUAUUGCAUUCAUACGGCAGGUUUGAGUGAUAAAUAUCGUUUCGUUUUUGUUUAACCGCUUCGUCAUCCAAUCGUCGUUGAGAGUCGAACUACCACGACUGCUUAGCUGACAGGUCCAAGUUUUGCUCGGUUGCUUAGUAACAGUUGGCAAGAUAUUUUUCUCGACGGCAAACACCAUUAACGCUAACGUCAUUAAUGCUAGCGCAUUAGCGCUAUCUCAUUUUGUCUACUUUUUUUCAAACGUUACCCUGAUAUCGCAAUAUGGACUGAUAGUUCAAGCACACUGAAUUAUUUCCGCUGUCGGUCAUCCGCCAUCAUGAAUAAGCAUUUUGUUUUCCAACGAAUUCAACCUGUCGCUAGUGAAAUUACAAUCAUCUAUAGAAUUGUUUACAGAAAGUUCGAAUUGACGACUUGAAUAUUAGUGUACUUAAAUGAAGAAAGAAAUAUUUAAAAAAAAUAUUGCAUUCUUACGGCAGGUUUGUUUGAUAAAUGUUGUUUCGUUUUUGUUUAACCGUUUCGUCUGCGAACUUAAAAUUGAAUUUCUCUUACUGAUUGCCAAACUUUCGUUUUAGCGCCUAGCUGACGGUUUUCUUAAUUCUCCUAACCUGUCUGCUUGGUAAUGUGUGGAUUUUGUAUGGAGAAAUUUGAUGUCUGUCCCUCUAGGGAAUUUGAUGUUAAAGGACGUACAUCGGAAGGGCACAUCUUGAAAAAACAAAAACAGCCAAUUGUUUCCCCGUUUGUCCUAAACAUCCCAGCUUGUUUAUUUUUCUUUUAUUUUUGCUUCUAUUAUUGUCGGGGGUCUCCCUUAAUUUGUGUCGUCGUCGCUGCUAUUUUCAGCCAGUCAGUCCAACAUGAAGUUGGAUAGAAAUUUCUGGUCAUUUUGCGGUGGGUUUGUUUUUAUUAUUUCGCUUUGUUUUUGGUUUUUCUUUAUUUCUUUAUUCUUUUCUUGGAUUUUGGUGGUUUGCGUGCUGUGGUUAACUCUCCAGAGGUCAGCUGAGUACACAAUAUCUUGCGACCACCUUUCGCAUUCGCUUUAAUUUCCUGAACGCAUUGAAUUUGAAGUGGCAAACCGUGACAGGUUAAAAGCGGUUAAAUUUUUUGUUUAUAAUAUGCUAUAUAUAUAUAUAUCUCUCUCGUGAACAAUCUUAUUGACUUCCUCAGUUACAUAAGCAUAAUUGAACUGAAUUUACUUUAGUUGACAACUUCUUGAGAAGUGUCAAAAGUUUGAAAUUAUGUACUUAUAGGCUGAAUUUUUGCCAAGGGUUUUUGGAGCAACCAAAAGAUUUUGAACUUUCACCAUAACUUCGCACCCAAAAUGUUGCAUUAUAUCAUAGUUUACCAUGUAACCAUGGUAGUAAAAUCUGGUGACAUGCUCGUCUGUGUUUCAACUAUUGAUAACCGCCCAUCAAGCCUGUUUAUUUAUAAUGGCACUUGAAACAUAAUUGGCAUUUGUGGCCUGCUAGUUUAUAAUAUAGCAUCUGGAUCCGACACGCAAAGUAAACAUGCAUUGUAAAGCCGCCGUGAAGUGAGUGCGUCCGAGGUGUAGAACAAAUUUGUUUCGAGGUUUAUAAAGCAGAACUUGGCGAAUGGAAAGCCUUUCAACACCAGAAUAUACAAUGGGAGAAAACAAAGUCCCUCAGUCGGAGCCAGUACCAGAUUGGAAAGUAGCGAGAAAGCUCUGGGGAGCCGCAUGGGAGUUACACUGGAUCGGUUUUGGUCUUGCAUUCAGUGCGUUAGUAGUAUCGUCCUCUGUUGCGUUGGUGCAAGCAAAGAGGAGGAAAAUGUUUGGCCGAAAGCCUUAUGUGAUCGCUAUUAACUCUUUGCUCUUGAUUUUGGGCAUUACGCGAGCGUUAUAUCUAUUGAUUGAUCCCUACGAGUCCAAACAGAACGGAAUUAAAAUGCCAAAGUGGUUUGCACAGUUCCUGUUUAACAUCGCUUUUCCGUGCUUGACCUCCUCGUUUGGUUUGAUCUUUUUAGUUUUCCUUCGGGUCGCUAAACUUCAAUUAGUGUCGGAGAGACUCAGCAAUGCACGUUACCUCAUUGCUGUGAUAUCAUUUCACUUCGCCAUCGUCGUAAUCGCAGAUAUCGCCGCAGCAGUUGAUUACUCAAAUGUCCAUAUUUUGUUCAUCAUAUGCCAGUUGUUUUUCAUCAUCUGGGGCUUGCUACUAUCGGCGACCUUCAUCUACAGUGGACUCAAAGUUAUCUACCGAGCGAAGAACGUUCAAAAACAACUCGAAACGCAAAGCGCAGCAAAUACGUCUAAGGUUGCAAAGGUCACUAUUGGGACAAGUUGUUUGGGACUCGGUAUCAGUGCGUUACAGCUGUAUUCGUUGGUGGAUGUAUAUCGAUUUUACAGCGACUUUACAGACCCGCCCCCGUGGUCCUGGUGGAGUUUUCAAACUUGUUCUCGCCUGUUAGAAGUCGCCAUGGCUUGCACGAUUGCUUACAGUGUCAUGAAACCGUCUGCCCCUAAACGAAAACUCACGGUAAAGAAGAGUAUUCUACGGUACGAGAAAACAGCGAUUGAGGGCAUUGUAUGAGGAAGUAAGAACUGAAGAUUCCUUAUGCGCCACUUGGUGCAAAGUGGAAAGACAAGUGCAUAUCUAAAAGUGUUUUUACGGAGAGUAGUUCCCACGGUUCAGUAAGGAAGUCGUGCUUAUUUAAAUUCAUUAAACCGCCAACUGAUAGUGGCUUCACAGUGUUCAGUCCGGCUUAGAUCGUGUCACAGUCGAACCUUGUCACAGCUGAAAUUGCCAGAAGUAAUCUUUCUUACCCGUUUUCUUAAAAUCAUAGGCAUCGUUGCUGCUCUUUGGUUCAUUGAUUCCUCUUUGAUGUUUUUCUAGCUCAGUUAACUUAAAGUUUUUAGAGUUUUCUUUGAUUCGAAGCCGGUGUUUGUGUACAGGGCUAGCACUGUCCAUGGUGACUCAGCUUCGGAAGCGACACAAUCUGACGGGCCCUUCGCCGAAAAUCAAUAAUUCGUAACCGUUCUCAACAGAAGCGCAAAGCGC